UGCCGUGGGAAGUGCAGCAAGACCUGGGAGGCAGAGCGUUCUUCUCCUGGCGUUUGAACCGUGGAGGCCUCCUUCUAGCCUCAGUCGCUGCUGUCUGCGCCUCCGGGCCGCGGCUUCUUGGCGGUUGUGAGGUCGGCGGCCGGGCAGGGAGGAGCCGGAGCCCGGCCUACGACCACUCUUGUCUUCUAGACCAUUUUGCGAGAAACCUGCCCGACCGGAAUCAGCGCGCUGUGUCCAGAGGCAGAGGCGGGAGAGGCCUUGGGAAAUGGUGGGAAGAAAAGACUUGCGAGAGGCUGUAGACGAGUGUUAACGGAAUUCACUGCUCCAGACCAACUUUUCCAGAUAGAAAAGGUGGCCUGCUGAGAAAAGUGACACAAAUACUGGAAAAUACCUGUCCUUCUGUGCCAAGGUUGAGUGCAAUGUCACAAGUUAAAACCUCUUAUUCCUAUGAUGCUCCCACGGACUUCAUCAACUUUACAUCUUUGGAUGAUGAGGAAGAUACUCAAAACAUAGAUUCUUGGUUUGAUGAGAAGGCCAAUCUGGAGAAUAAGUUUCCUGGGAAGAAUGUGACAGGAGUGCUUUUUCAGGACACAACGUCUUCAAGAAAUGGAAAUCUUCAACAAGGUCUUGUUAUGCCUUUAAAAUCAGUUGAUAACACUUAUUACAAAGAAGAGGAAAAAGAAAACCUGGUGAACCAGUCUAUUCCAUCACCUGCUUGUACUUCCCUGAAAGUCAAGGGAACCACACCAAAAAGUACUCCAUCCCAGCCUCAAAGACGAUCUCUUCGGCUGUCUGCUCAGAAAAAAUCAGAACAGAAAGAAAAACAGUAUGUAAAACUGAAAGCAAAGAGAUGUGCUACUCCUGUAAUCAUUGAUGAAAUUCUACCCUCCAAAAAAAUGAAAGUGUCUAACAAUAAAAAAGAGCCAGAGGAACAGGAAGACGGUAGUGCUUAUCAAAAUACUCCUGAAAAGGCUGAGUCUUCAGAGAAAGCCAAAGGCAGACAGACUGUACCAUGUAUACCACCUGGAAGGCAGAAGAUUUUAAAGAGUACUGAGGAACAAGAGUUGGAGAAGAGAAUGAAAAUGCAACAGGAAGUGGUGGAGAUGCGGAAAAGGAAUGAAGAAUUCAAGAAAAUUGCUCUCGCAGGAAUAGGGCAAUCUUUGAAGAAACCUGUGAGUCAUGUUACCAAAGCAAUUGACUUCCACUUCCGCACAGAUGAUAGAAUCAAACAACAGCCUAAGAACCAGGAAGAUUAUAAGGAAGUGGACUUUACAUCUGAACUGCGAAAGCAUCCUUCAUCUCCAGCCCGGGUGACUAGAGGAUGCACCAUUAUUAAGCCUUUCAACCUAUCACAAGGAAAGAAAAGAACUUUUGAUGAAACAGCUUCUACAUAUGUGCCUCUCGCACAACAAGUUGAAGCUUUUCAUAGACGAACCCCUACCAGAUAUCACUUGAGGAGCAGGAAGGAUGAUUCUGUCCUGCUACCCUCCAAAUCUGCUGUGCCUAAGAUCUCCCGAGACCCACAGACUCCUGUAUUGCAAACCAAACAUCGUGCAAGGCCUGUAACAUGCAAAAGUGCAGCUGAUCAGGAGGCUGAAGAGCUUGAGAAACUGAAACAGUAUAAGUUCAAAGCACGAGAACUUGAUCCCAGAAUUCUUGAAUGUGGUCCUAUCUUACCUAAAAGACCACCUGUGAAGCCACCGACUCAGCCUGUUGGCUUUGAUUUAGAAAUUGAGAAAAGAAUCCAGGAGCGAGAGUCAAAGAGGAAAAUAGAGGAUGAACACUUUGAAUUUCAUUCCAGACCUUGCCCUACUAAGAUCUUGGAUGAUGUUGUGGGUGUUCCUGAAAAAAAAGUACUUCCAGUCACUGUUCCCAAGUCACCAGCCUUUGCAUUGAAGAAUAGAAUCCGGAUACUCACCAAAGAAGAAGAGGAGCCAGAGGAACCAGUAGUGAUAAAAGCUCAACCUGUGCCACAUUAUGGGGUGCCUUUCAAACCUCAAGUUCCAGAGACAAGAACUGUGGAAGUGUGCCCGUUCUCUUUUGAUUCUCGAGAUAAAGAACGUCAGUUACAGAAGGAGAAAAAAAUUAAAGAACUGCAGAAAGGAGAGGAGGUACCCAAGUUCAAGGCACUUCCUCUUCCUCAUUUCGAUACCAUUAACCUUCCAGAGAAGAAGGUGAAGAAUGCAACCCAGGCUGAACCUUUCUGCUUGGAAACUGACAGAAGAGGUGCUAUGAAAACACAAACUUGGAAACACCAGCUGGAGGAAGAGCUGAAACAGCAGAAGGAAGCAGCUUGCUUCAAAGCUCGUCCAAACAAUGUCACCUCCCAGGAACCCUUUGUUCCCAAGAAAGAGAAAAAAUCUACUGCUGAGGGCCUUUCUGGUUCUCUAGUUCAGGAACCCUUUCAGCUGGCCACUGAGAGAAGAGCCAAGGAAUGGCAAGAACUGGAGAAGAAAAUGGCUGAGGUAGAAGCCAAAAAAGCCCUGCAGUUGGAGGAGGCCAGACAACAGGAAGAAGAGCAGCAGAAGGAAGAACUAGCCAGGCUCCGGAAAGAACUGGUGCACAAGGCAAACCCAAUACGUAAGUACCAAGGUGUGGAGAUAAAGUCAAGCGACCAGCCUCUGACUGUGCCUGUGUCUCCUAAGUUCUCUACUCGAUUUAACUGCUGAACUCACCUGAGCUGUAGACACUACCUGGGAAUCAGCGUUGCUCUUCACUCAAAGCAGGACUCUUUGCCACUGGGGCAUGGAACAAGCUUACUUCUCCAGACUUUUACCUACAUGCCCAACAGAGCAUACUUUGACAACUGUGAACUCUGGUUGUAUUAAGAUUUUUUUUUUUUCCAUAUUGUUUAGGCUAAUAAUGAGACUCAGUUGAUAACAUGUCUCAUUCAGACACUGCAUAGUUAUUUGCUUCGAACUAUCAGUUGACAUUUGCUAUGGAUCUUAACUCUGUCUAAAAUUUAAGUCUCUGUAUCAACACAAUGUAAUUUCUAUUUCCCUUAACCCUCUUUUUUUUUUUUUAAUUUAAUCAGAAAAUAAAGAGUUAAAUAUUGAGAUAGGAUUUAAGUCAUGGCUUCAAAGAAGAUUAGUAGUAUACUAGCUUCUCUUUCUUUCUGCACAAAGUGGAUUUAGAUUUAAGAAACUGUUCACUAUGAGAGCAGAAAAAGCCAGAUUAACUUCAUCAACGUGGAAGUUUCCCAGUUGACCUGGACUGGAUUAAGUUUUUGCUAUCCUCUCCCUGAUUUUGUUACUUAAUUUUUUUUUUAAAGUCAAAUAAUGCCCCAUUUAAGGAUACAUAGGAGUAAUGGGUGCUUUAAGAAGAGGGAACUAGAACCUUUUAAAAGUACAGACUCUGUCCAUAAAGGGAAAUGCUUUGUAACUUUUUUCUGUAUUAUGUCAAAACAUCCUUCUAUAUUUGUUACCUACCAGAAACACCCUGGAAAGCAGUCUUGCUUUCACAGACUUUGCCUUCUUUCCUAAAUACACUUUUUCUCACCAGUACACUGUUCCUUAUGAGACUCAGCUCAAAUAGUAUGGUUUUUCCCCCUUAAUUCUCCUUUGAUUACCUGAUCUCUUCAGGUAAUCAUGGUCAUUUGCUUCUUAUUACUUCUCAAGUACUUCUUGUGUAUAUCUUUAGUAAAAUAAUUGCAACAUGCCUAAGUUACUUGUACUUGUUUAUAAACUAGUGAAGACUCAGAUGUCUUAAGUUCUUUUAAGAUAAAUACCAUAGCCAUUUGCAUAUUUUCAUAGCUGUCACACAAUCUGCUAGGUCCAUAUUAAAUAGUAUCCUUUAAGAUUUGACAGUAUUUAUGAAUAUUUUGUACCAGGAGAUACAAAAGCAUCCAUGUUUAAGUCUAGGUCAAUGCUAGGCACCAUGUAUAACAUUAAUUGUUUAUGUGCCAGAAAUUGAGCAUAGGACUACUGAGCCUUAAACAUGAAAAUUUAUUACAUAGCCAUUAUGCUAUCUCACCAGCUCCAUUAAAUCUAUUUUAUGUUCCUUUUGCUUAUUCAUUCAUUGGGCAUUAUGUACAAACCACUAUAGAUUCAGCAUUGGGUGAUACAAAAUAAGACAUGAUUUAUAAUUCUUGGGCCUCUUAAGGGUCCACAAACAUGCAAAAUACAGUUCCUUUGUUUCCUAGAGGUUACAUAGCAUUCAGUUCCAUAAUAAGGUUCACUUAGCAAACAUUUAUUUGGAGCUAACCUUAGCUGCUUGUCUAUAUGCUUACCUACCUAUCAUCUUGGUACUGGUCUUGUCUCAGGAAAUGUAGCAGUGAACAAAAAUAAGAGAUCUUGCAUUCAUGUAGUUUACCUUUUAGGAUUGGGGUUUAGACAAUAAAUAACUACUUGUCUCCCUG